AAACCAGACGUACCCAGAAAGAUUUUAUAAACAAAAAAUAAUUACAACAGCUGCAGAAAAGAAAAAAGAUAGGAGAACGAGGGAAGGGAGGAAGAAGAAAGCAUCAGAGGACAGAGAGUGAGAGAGAGAGAGAGAGAAAGAAACAAAAAACCAAAAAAAUUCGUGAGAGAACUUGAAAUUUUUGAACCGGAAGAACCUAACCAGUAACCAACCUCUUCUUCUUCGCUCUCUCUCUCCCGUUCUCUGUCGCCGGUAGCGGUGGAGGUCCGGCUUGCAUUUCUGUUCCGCCUUUUUUUCUUCUUCUUUGUUUCUUCUUCCUUAUCUCUUAAACAAACAGCCUUAACGGCUUCUUUCUUCCAAGCAAUCUUCGACCCUACAACCCUGCCCUUUUGGUUCAGGAAACAUUACUAUAUUCGAACAUUUGUCCGCGUCGAUGGGGAGCGACGCAAGAAACAAAGUUCCGGCGGGGUGGUGAACCAUUUUUCCGCGUUCGUUUGUUGUUGGGUAUCUCUGCGAAUUUGCCUUUUUUUUUUGUUGCUGUUGUUCUUCAAGUCCUCUGGAUUUCGUUGUCGUGGCCUUUAUUCUGAAUCUCGCGCCCCCUUCUUUCCCCCCCAUCACCGGAUAUCGGCAUUUCUCCGAGCUCUCACCCGAAUUUUAGCGCCGUGGUUCGUCUUUCUCUCGAUUCAUUUCUCUUUUUAAACCUCUGGGUUUGGCCCAGGUGGCCGCUUAUUCGGACCGGAGUUCCGAGUUUGCGGUGGCGGAAACUGUGGUUUGAAGUUGGAAUAGUGUAGUAGUCCCCACUCCCCACCCAUAGCUUAAAAUGAUGUUAUCAGCAUCCUCUGCCCCAGUGACAAGAAGCUCCCUUGAGGAGAUGCUGGAGUCGUUAAGGCAGCGAGAUGAGGCAUUGGAGAGAGCCAAGGACCUGCCCCCAGCUUUGCCCGCGCGCCCCACUUCUAGGGCAAGGCUUCCUUCUGCUCGCCUUUCGUUGCCCACAGACUUCAAAGUUGGUGCCAAUGGUCGGUUAGAAGGCAAGGUAGAGAGUAUAUUAGAAAGCAAGGUAGAGAGUGUUGUUUUAGGGAGCAAAUUAUUAGUAAGUGUAGAUGAUAUAAGAGUGGAGGAACCCAAGAGGAAGGAGCUGGAGUGCAGGAUAGGAAGUUUUGGAAGCAGGAAAAUGAGGAAAGUUAUGGACUCUACGGACUCAAAUCCCUACGUUCAAGAAAUGAAUCAGCAAUGCAGGGGUUCUCCUAUAGGUUCGAUGCCCACUAUUAACGAGGUGGAAUGGGAAGACAGCAUUGGCUACUUUAUUAGGAAGAAACUAAGUGUUUGGUGUCAACUGUCAAAUGGGAUGUGGGCUUCUGGAAAAAUACAGUCAACUUCAGGAGAUGAAACAUAUGUUGCACUUGCAAAUGGGAAUGUUGUAAACGUGCCACCAGGACAGCUUUUACCUGCAAACCCAGAGAUUCUUGAUGGCGUGGACGAUCUCAUGCAACUUAGUUAUUUGAAUGACCCAUCAGUUCUUCACAACCUUAAGUACCGAUUUACUGAGGAUAUGAUCUAUAGUAAAGCGGGGCCAGUUUUAAUUGCUGUCAACCCAUUCAAAGAUGUCCCACUGUAUGGAAAUAAUGCUAUGGAUGCUUACAGGCAGAAGGACAUGGACUGGCCGCAUGUUUAUGCCUUAGCAAAUACUGCUUACGAGCAGAUGAUGAGAGAUGGAAAGAAUCAAUCCCUAAUCAUAAGUGGCGAAAGUGGAGCAGGUAAGACUGAGACAGCAAAAUAUGCGAUGAAGUAUUUGGCUGCCCUUGGUGGUGGUGGCGGUGGUAUGGAGGUAGAAAUGCUUCAAACUAACUGUCUUCUCGAAGCAUUUGGGAAUGCUAAGACCUUGCGAAAUAAAAAUUCCAGCAGAUUCGGAAAGUUGAUUGAAAUUCAUUUUACUUCAUUAGGAAAGAUAUCUGGCGCUAAAAUUCAAACAUUCCUGCUAGAAAAGUCAAGAGUGGUUCAGGUCGGCGAUGGUGAAAGAUCAUAUCAUGUCUUUUAUCAACUGUGUUCUGGUGCACCAUCUCUCCUCAAAGAGAAACUAAAUCUUAAAGCAGCCACAGAGUACAAGUAUCUUAAUCAGAGCGAGUGCUUUGAAAUUGAUGGCGUUGAUGAUGCUCUCAAGUUUCAGAAACUCCAGGAAGCGUUUGACCUGUUGAGAAUUUGCAAAGAAGAUCAAGCUCAAGUGUUUCAAAUUCUUGCUGCAAUAUUGUGGCUCGGGAACAUUAAAUUCCAAACUAUUGACAAUGAGAAUCAUGUGGAGGUGUUGGCGGAUGAAGCUCUAGCUAAUGCUUCCAAGCUGAUGAAAUGCACAGCCCAGGGUCUGAUGGUGGCAUUAUCAACCCAUAAAAUUCGAGCAGGGAGUGAUAACAUUUCCAAGAUAAAAACAUUGCAGCAGGCAAUCGAUGCAAGAGAUGCAUUGGCAAAGUUUAUGUACGGGAACUUGUUUGAUUGGCUUAUGGAACAAAUCAAUAAGUUGCUUGAUGGAAACCAAAAUACUUGGGGGUCCAUAAAUAUCCUUGAUAUCUAUGGGUUUGAGUCGUUUAAGAAGAACAGCUUUGAACAAUUUUGUAUAAAUUACGCAAAUGAGAGGCUUCAACAACAUUUCAACAGACACUUACUUAAACUAGAGCAAGAGGAGUACGAAGAAGAUGGAAUUGAUUGGACUAAAGUUGAUUUUGAAGAUAACCAAGAGUGCUUGGAUCUUUUUGAGAAGAAACCUUUAGGGUUGUUAUCUUUGCUUGACGAGGAAUCAAAUUUUCCAAAUGCCACUGACUUGACGUUGGUCAAUAAGCUCAAUAAGCAUUUGAAUAUCAACCCUUUCUUCAAAGGUCAAAGAGGUAGAGCUUUUGGCGUUCGUCACUAUGCUGGGGAGGUUGUGUAUGAUACGAAUGGAUUCCUAGAAAAGAACCGGGAUCCACUGCACUCUGACUUCAUCCAGCUACUAUCGUCAAGCAACUGCAAGCUUCUAUCACUAAAAAGUUCGUUAUCACAACCAGGUGGACCGGAAUCUUCAACACAAAGUGUUGGAACAAAGUUCAAGGCUCAACUCUUUAAACUCAUGCAUCAAUUGGAGAACACAACCCCUCACUUUAUUCGCUGCUUAAAGCCAAACAAAAAGCAGCUUCCUGGUAUGUACGAAGAGGAUCUUGUUCUACAACAACUCCUAUGUUGUGGAAUUAUGGAGGUGAUGAGGAUUGCAAGAGCUGGUUAUCCUUCUCGAAUGACACAUCAAGAAUUUGCUGCAAGGUACGCAUUGCUGCUUCCUGAGCCAAGUGAACAUUUGGACCCAUUGAGCAUGUCUGUUGCUGUCCUUAAACAGCUCAAUGUACUGCCCGAAAUGUACCAAGUUGGCUACACCAAAGUUUAUCUUCGCACUGCGCAGAUUGCCAGAUUAGAGGAGCAAAGGACAAAAGCUCUGCGAGGUGUAAUUUCUGUCCAGAAUUGCUUUCGAGGUUCCAAGGCUCGUCGUCAUUUCCAUGAGUUGAUAGAUGGUGCAACAACCCUACAAUCAUUUGUUCGUGGUGAGAAUGCGAGAAGGAAAUUUGAUUCUAUGCCAAAGACGUGCAAUGUCAAUACUCUCCCAGUAGUUAACGAGCAGUUGACUGCCAUAAUAUGUUUGCAAUCAGUAAUCCGUGGAUGGUUGACACGGAAGCAACUUAAUGACAAGUAUAAGUUGAGGCAGUCAAGCCAGGAUAAUACAAACUCAAGAAGAAAGCCAGGGAGAAAAAUAUCAGAAGUAAAGGUAAUGCCACAAGAGCAGAUUGAGGAGCUUCAGAGUACACUAUUGGCAGAACUCCAGAAGAGGGUUGUGAAGGCAGAACAGAGUUUGGCACACAGAGAUGAGGAAAAUGCAGCACUAAGGGAGCAGGUAGAAGAGUACGAGAAAAGAUGGUCUGAAUACGAGUCAAAGAUGAAAACCAUGGAAGAGACAUGGCAAAUGCAAAUGACAUCAUUGCAGGCAAGUCUUGCUACAGCCAGAAAGAGUCUUGCUGCUGAUAACCUGACUCUUCAGCAACAAUCACCUCGCCACUACUAUGAUUCAGAGGAUUAUCCUUCCAUUGGCUCUAGGACCCCUGGUGGAAGCACACCAAGAAAGAUUCCUAAUUCCAUGCCGGAUCUUCGAGUGGCGAAAGAACAGCCUACUAAUGGUGCCAGAGCUCAUCCUGUAACCACUUUACUAAGGGAAUUCGAGCAGCAGACCCAGAAUUUCGAAAGCAACUGUAAAGCCAUCGUUGAUGCGGGUUCAGGGAAUUCUUCAGGUUCUAUCUUAAAUCCUGAUGAAGCACUUCGAAGACUGAAAAAUCAGUUCGAGAUAUGGACGAAGAACUACAAGGCCAAACUGCGGGAGGCAAAGCAACGACUCCAUAAACUUAGCCAUGGCGAGAACCAUAAGGGCCGUAGGGGUUGGUGGGCCAAAAUUGGUGCCAAAAUGUUGACAAAAUAAACAAACAUGUUCCAUGUCCAAGGCGGAAAACAUAGAAGAAGAAGAAAGGUGUGCCCUCAAAGAUGACUGCUUGCUCUGCCUCUUUGCAUUCUGGAUUAAGCAAGCAGCUUGCCAUGAUUGCUGAGAAGUAUGUUUGUAGCAUGUGGUUUAAACUACCUGGUGGUGGUGGAAGGAUUCAUCAUAAUCCUGUGAAUAGAUAUAGGUUGUAGUAGACACCCCUUCUCCCUUUUUUUCUCUGAGUUAUAAGCCGAGGUUAUUCUCUGUAUAUCCUGUGUGCUAAAUUGUAAUGUAAAGAAAACAUGGUACGGCUCUGAACUCUGUUGCUGAAUGAAAGAUGAAAAGUUCCCAUAUUCCGUCUGUCAUCUUCCCAUUUGGAAUGCAUCAAUAAUCAAAAUCCCUUUUGUUUGAGGAUUCAGGGGCUUUUUUGGAUCAUGGAUUGUGAUUGUUCCAGAGUUCUUCAUUUUGCAACAAGAAAAAAUGGUACUUCACUGUCCAAACCAUCUCUCAGUCUCCAAAUUGGUAUAAAAUAGUGACACAUAGAAGAAGGAAAGGAAUUGGCAGAAAAGUUUUUCCAAUUUACAUCAAACCUCCAUAGGCAAAGAUUACGAACAAAAGGUGUUCAAAGUUCCUUUCCUUCCAUUCUACAAGUGGCAGGGGAAUCUAGGGCAAAUUGGUUUUGCUGUAUCUUUAUGAUCCAGGGACAAAUUUGGUGGCAAAGACCCAAGCAUUGUUGGCAACAGGGUCAUCAAGAUGGUCCAAGAGAUUCUCCAAGGGACCUUUCCCUGUGACAAUAGCCUGAACAAAGAAACCAAACAUGGAGAACAUGGCAAGCCUGCCAUUCUUGAUCUCCUUCACCUUGAGCUCAGCGAAAGUGACCGGAUCGUCAGCGAGCCCCAGCGGGUCGAAGUACUGGCCACCAGGGUAAAGCUCAUUGCCUUCUCCAACACCAGGCAAGCCAUUGAUGCGGAAUCCUUCCACGAGUCCCAUCAGGACGACCUGGAAUCCUAGCACAGCAAGGAUACUCUGAGCAUGGACCAGGUUUGGGUUUCCCAGAUAGUCCAGCCCACCUUCUGAGAAGAUUUGGGCCCCUGCCUUGAACCAAACUGGCUCCUUGAAGUCCACACUCACCCAUUUCUCAAGAACUUCUGGGGUGAUGCAGCCCAAGGCUCCCAGCAUAGCCCACCUUCCAUGGAUUACCUCAAGAGCCCUGUUUCUGGCGAAGGCCUCAGGAUCAGCAGACAAACCAGCAGUGUCCCAGCCAUAAUCACCAGGGAAUUCCCCAGUUAGAUAGGAAGGAGUCUGAGCUGAGAAGGGUCCCAAGUACUUCACUCUGUCUGGUCCAUACCACAAAUCAUUUCCCUGAUGUACUUGGGAUUGCCCAUGGCGACCACAUCUCUAAGAGGGUUGGCAUUUUGGCCCCUCUGUCCUAGAAAUGGAGAUGGCUUCAGCGCGGUAUUGGAGGCAGCCAUAAUCGUGGAAGCAGCCAUGGUUCAAACGAGGCUCUUGCUCUGUGUUUGCCACCAAGUGAGGUUUCGUUUGAGAGAGAGGGAUUUGGAGCUGUGGAAUGGAAGUGGGUAGAGACUCUGUUUUAUAUAUGAGAUGGGAAAUGGAGAAUCAAAGGUGGGGGAAAGAAAACAAGUGGCGGAGAGAAAGGAGGGGAAGAGAGAGAGGAGUGUGAUGUUGAAGGGGGAAGUAGCCAAUGAGGAGGCUGCAAAGGAUUUUGAAGUAUCUGCCAUCUCAUCUCCUUCUAUCCACAUAUUUAUCUACACUGU